CGUCGGUGCUCGUGCACGUGGCUCUGCUAAUAGACGCGAUUUUUAUCUAUUUUCAAUAGCCGUAAUUAACUAUUUUUCGCAAAAAAUCUCUCAGCUACGUCAAGCGCUGGGCUUGAACACAUACGAACACAUUGAUGUGGGGAUAACGCUGACGUAGCGGCAGGCCCACUUUGCAGUUGCUCUCCCCGCGAAUACCUGAUCUGGCAAGGGAUGCACAGCACGCAGCCGCUGGUCAUUUGCAAGAGAAACUUGAGCUUGCAAGCGAAGAAGAGUCUUGGCGGAUCGUAUGCGAGAAGGAGGCCGAAACCUCUGUCCUCGGAGGUACUAACGUGCUACCUGAAGCAAGAGCACGAGCCGCCAUGGACGUCGUAUUUCGUGCGCUACGCGGACGUGCAGAACGAUCAACGUGGCAUGUCGCACUUCAAUUGGCCCGUAGGCACGAGCAACUACCACGUAUUAAGGACCGGCUGUUGGCCCUACAUCAAGUAUCACUGUAGUCGUAGACCCAAGCAGGACCUCACUUUCGACGACACGUUUUUCAAAGCCAUUAAGCUCAUCAAUCUCGGAAUACCAACUCUGAUGUACGGCUUGGCAGCGACGCAGCUUAUUCGGCAUUCGGAGCUUGUCAAAACGCCACACGGCGACGUGACUAUUUUCUUUCUGCUGCCCGAGGACAAGGGAUCGCAGCACUGAAGCACCAAGCUGGACGCGUUCCCCGCGUAAAUAGCGUGUCCUUUAACAGAGGCGCAGAGAGAAAGCUACGUGCUGUCUAAUCGAUUCUCGAAACUCCGAGAAAACUGCAUCCGCAGUGCCAAGCUCGAGUUGUACGUGCGCGCGCGAUACAUCCACGUCGCGCGUGGUGUAAAUCAAGCGCGGACAAACCUGUACAUAAUUAGCCGUAAUAAAUACAGCCGCUAUCGCCGUAAA